AUGGUUGAUUUCCAUAUUUCUGUGGUUUUUCAAGCUCUUCACUCUGAAGAAAAUUACCUUCGAAUACAAGAGGACAGGUUAACUAGGACAAACUCCACCGUUGAUGUUGCUACUAAGGAAAACUUGGACAAACUAGUGGAGAUUGGAGAAAAGUUGUUAAAGAAACCAGUUUCACGAGUGAAUUUGAAGACAGGUCUUGCUGAGCCAGUUAAAAAUGGUGGCACAAAUGAGGAUGCUCUCAAAAGGUUUGCAAAAUUACUUUCAGAUGAAAGAAAACUUAGACAGCAAAAACUACCAAGCUCUUACAAGGGCUUAAAGUAG